UAGUCAUAAAACUUUGAAUAAGCUUAAGUGAUAUUGUAGUUUACCUCAGUGAUGCUCAGGGUAACAAAAUGGCCAAGGUACUCGGAGGUAGUAGGAACCCGAGAUGAAGAGAUAAUUUUAGUGAUAACUACAUCAUUCCCAAUAGUUGGCAACAUAUUAAACGUUUCAUUUCGAGCUUUAGGGCCAUUUAAAGACAUGGAGUUUCUGAGAUAUUCAGAAAUGGAUUUGUACAUUCCUCAGAUAUGGAAGCUUGCUGAUCUGUUGACUGAAAUAGGGAGUUGAAGGCAUUUGCAUAAAAAUCUUCGAACUAUUAGAUCAUCCAAUGUAUAGUAUAGUAAUCGGGCUGAAUAUCUAAUUCAAAUUGACAUCUGACUCAUCAUCUGAAUCAUCGAAAGGAACUGCAUUGGAAGAUGAAUGAUCAUUCGAUGACUUUAAAAUAUCAUGAGAAAAUUUGGAACUACCUAGACCAUUGUCGUAUUCAAUCAAUACUGAUGGGGUAUUUUUCUUCAAUCUUCUUCCUGGGAUAACCUCCUGCUUUUCUAAAUGAAUCAAAGGGAUUGAAGAUAUUUUCAAAGAACAUUUGGUCCGAAGGUACAAUAUCUUCAUUGAAUGUGAAUGAGAUGGGUCUGCAGAAUACAAAGGGAUUGAAGAUUUUUUCCCUGCAUAGAAUUUUGAAUAGGUUACAUUAAAACAAUCAUUUACUUUCUUAUUGCUCAAAAUUUCUAAAGAUUCAAAGACAGUAGGUACUCAUCAGUUUGUGCAUUGUUUGAUAGACUUCCUCAUUUUAUGCCUUCGUUACAUGGGAAGAUUGGAGGAUUGGUCAGGUUGAUCUAUUAAAAGUGGGCCCACAGGAAUUUCCUCAAGAGGCGCGAGUAAAGGCUCCAAGGGAUUCGAUAAAGAGCAAUUGAACGUAUCCUUCUCAUUUAGACCUUGAUUAUAAAAUGCAACAUCCCCCCGACUCAUUUAAGACUAUCUUCUAACUCAUUGAAGGCAGCCUUCACAUGAAGAUCACUAUCAUUAAAUGCAACAUUCCCUGACUCAUUUAAAACCGCAUUUUCUGAUCCAACUAACCUAUGAACUGGUGAGUGUAAAAUUUCUUCCUUGGUCAUGGUGGUGACGGCUUUAUCUUCCAUAAAUUGCUCUAUCCUAUUUAAAUCCAAUGAAUUUGAAAAGUCAUUUAAAGAUAAUUCACGGUUGAUGAUAUUAGGAGAUUCUAAAGAAGAAGCAUCCGAAGGGAAAUGCUUCCUUUUUUUCAUAUCCUUGAUCACAAUGGUUGCAUGAAAGAAGCCCCUGAAAUACUCUCCAAUUGCUUCAAUCGUACUUCGUCUCCAGUUUAUUCAAGCAAUUUGGAGACAACAAAACGCUCACCGAAAUUUUAUGUAUCACUUCUUUUGCUUCUCUCACCCAAAAUGAUGGUUCAAUCAAGUUGUCAAUACAAGAAAUCCCUGCAAGCUGAUUACUCUUUGGAUUAUUCCUCUGUUUCAUCUCCACAAAGUGGUUAUUCUUCAGAUUAUUCCUCUAAUUUGACUUCACAACCUCUGCAGAUCUUCUGGACAAAGAGACUGGAGUUUUGGGAUUCUAUUCAUCUUUCUUGAUCUUUAAUCUUUCAAAGGUUACUGAAAGACGAUGUGAUAUUGGCUUUUCAAUCGUUAUUGGGUCCCCUGGAUACUUCAAUGGUAGAUUCUUCUGAGGAUUCAAGAUCAUGGUUAUUAGAGCUCUCUGGCUCUUUCUCGGUGAAGUAUAUCGAGAGAAUUAGCUUAUGCUACUCCUUUACAGCCAAACCUAUUCAAAAUAAUAUGGAAAUCUCGUAGUCCAAAGCGUAUUAAUAUUCUGUUGUGGACCAUUCCUUUGUAGCAAUCACUAUUGAUUGCCCAGGAUGUCCU